GUCAUACGAAAUAAAUGACAGCUCUAGAGUAUUGCUUGCUCAGGAACAUAAUCGAUUGUUAGUGUAAACAGACACUUACUAAUUCUUGUCGUUCCACGAGCGAGCUGUCAUUUCCGCCAUCAGCUCACAACAUAUUGCGAAUUAUUCAGGGCAAGCGACUUUUUGCAUAAAUUGCAAAGCAAAACUAUAAAAAUCUCACUCAAGUGCUAUCAAAAUUAUAUUUUUUGUGUAUAGAUUUGUUUUUAUUUGCUGCGCGUGGGUUCUAGACAAAAUUGCUAACAUAUAUGGUGUACUGCGAAUAAUUUGCAGUGGAACACAAACACACGCGCACACAAAUUUCAAUAAAUUUCUACAGUGUUUACCAAGUGUCUACGCAUAGCUGCAGAUAAAAUAAGCAGGAAACUUGAAAACUUAAAGCAAUAAAUAACUUUGCAAAAUGGAUUGGCGCCAUACAGAAAUUUUAAAACUUUUAGACUCAUAUAGGCAAUAUGAGUGCUUAUGGAACACUCAAAGUCCAGAUUAUAAACAACAGGAAAUGAGAAAAGGUUCGUGGAUAGCACUUUCAAAAGAAUUUGGCAAAAAGGUUGAUGAUAUCAAAAAGAAGAUAAAACAUUUACGCACCUGUUAUAUGGCAGAAAAGAAGAAAGUGGAAAGUAGAACUGAUAGCAACGGUGAUCCGAUAUAUGAGUCGCAUUUGUACUACUACAAACAAAUGAGUUUCUUGGAUCCUGUAAUCAUAAAAAAACCACCGGAGCAGCCUACAAUGAGCAACAGGGUUGUGUUAAAUCAAAAGAGAGGACGUUCAGUUUCUACUGAUUCCGAAAAAGAGGAGCCACAGCGAGAAUUACGAACCUCGAUUACGCGUUUAGAUUCCACCAAUCCUGCUUUCAGGGCAACUCUGAGGUUCAACCCAAUACAAACUGCAAAGUAUGGAUUGCACCAACAGAAGCUACGUUCACUUUCUCCAGAUUCCGAGAAAGAGGAGACGCAGCAGGAAUUAAACACCUCGAUCAGUCGUUUAGACUCCACCAAUUCUCCAAAGGCACAUCCGCGUUUCAUUUCAAAAUCCACUGUAAGACGCACGAAUGAUGUUCCAAAGACGCAGCCACCAAAAAAGAUAGUAAAACACUCAAUGCUUAGUAAGGAAGACACAUUCUGUGCGAUGCUUUGCAGCGAACUUAAACUACUGAAAUCAGAUGAAACGUAUGAUAAUGUGACUUCAGAUAUUUUUGCAGCAGUAAGGAGCGCCAAAAUUGCCGAGCGGCAAAUGGAAUUGGAGAGGCUUUAACAUAUUAAUAUGUAUAGAGUACCAUUUAGCCAUUUUAUUUUUAUAUUCCCAUUUGAUUUACAAAAACUUCUAAGCCAUUGUGACAUUAUUACACACCUAGUAAUAUGAGAACAUUAAAACGUAAAGUGCAAAUUUAAACAGA